UAUAACAACAUUUUCAGAUAAAGCACAGUAAGAUAUCAUGUCUAUGACAACAUCCUUAGACCCUUCUGAAGUUACUAUGCCAACAUCCUUAGACCCUUCUGAAGUUACCAUGACAACUUCAUCAGACCCUUCUGAAGUCAAUACAGGCAGUGAUGACGAGGACGAGGUGUUGCAUCAGCUAGAUGUCUACAUCAGCAGAUCACUGGGAAAGUUACUUCUUGCACAGUACCCGCUACGUCCCACGUACAAACCAUAUCAGAAUGCGUCACGAGAGAGUGUGCGCAUGCGCCCUGUGCAGUGUGAACUUGAGGUGGACAUGAAGAUUCAGAGUAAUCCUAACAAACCUGCCCAGAUCCAGAAACUGACGGUAUCCCAGCGCCCCAUGUUGAAGCCACACAGCGCUAUAGGUCUGGUCCGUGGUAACGAGCUGCAUCUCACCCCACUGGACAGCAUCGUGCAGCUUACUCCUUCCUUCGACCACAUCGACAAACGUGUAGCAGAAGAUGCAAAGCUCAAUGAAGUUGAUCCGCCCGAAGCUUCCUCGACACAAUCCAUCACUCGCAAGUUCACUAAAGUUGAAUCUGACAGAGAUAAGGCUAUCAGACUAUCUUCCUUUCAAAAUAUACAGCAAGAGCGCCAGAGUGAGUCGUGGGUACCUUGUGAUUACAGAGCUCCAGAACACCCCUACGCAGCUGGACAGAAACGGGCGAUGCUCAACAAAAAGGAAAAGAAAGGGAUAUCAGGGAUGGAAGUAAGCAAAUCAAAGUACCUGGACAUGUUUUUACCGGAGAUUUCGUCUGAAGAUUUCUCUGACAAUAACAAAUACGGACUCCGGGACCUCCCUAAACUUUCUACCGCUAAACAGGUGGAGUCUCUGAUGAGAAACGCUCAAGUAUUGAGAUUUGCAGAAAUCUGUCAGAUCUUACCAUCGAUACCCAAGUCAGACAUUCUAACGGAGCUACAAAGCUCAGCUCAUCUUGUUCAGGGAAGUUGGGUGAUUUCCUCCAAAAUGUUGUACCCAAAAGGAAGUAGAUCAGAUCAAACGGGAGUACCAGCCGAGCUUAUGGUACGACAUCGCAACUUUAUACUGUGCUGCUUUGUGCAAAACCCCCUGUUAAAAAGGAAACACCUGCAAACCAUCUGCAUCAGCAAGAUUCACCCCUCAGAAAUAGAAGAGAUACUGAAACAGAUCUCAACGUUUGUUCCCCUCGAUGGAUGGACCUUUAAGAAGCCUCCCUCCACCCAGUUCGCCCAACAGUAUCCAGAUAUUGAUCAGUCCCAGAAGACAAUAUGGUCGGAGAUCUAUGAUGAUAUCUACACUACACUACACUUGAAGGCACAUCGAAACAACCCACUUGUGGAGAAGAGAAUUGAGAAACAGCCAGUGAACAAGGAGCUGACAAGUAUAAACGUAGAGACAGCAACACAUAUAAUCAGGAGGCUACAGUUAGACGAGAUCGUGGAACCCUUCCAUUUAGUCGAGCUCAGCAACGAGUUCAGGGAACUGAUAGGACCGUCAGCAGUGGUUGUUGAGAUUGUGGAGAAUAGCAUGUGUCGUUAUAUCCCCCCUGAACACUGCAAACAGGUGCUUAACGAGAUGUGCCGUGCUCUGAGACUGUGUUAUGUCAACGUUCUUACCCAGGAAGGAGAAAGAGAACAAGCUUUGGGGUACGAAAAAAUCGGGAACGUAUCCGACAAGUACCGUCAAGUUAUCUUCUCGCUGUUCGAAUCCCGGUAUCAGAUAUCCAAAUCCGAGCUGCGUGACGCGAUCCACCAACAACUACAAACAACGCUAACGAGUAAGGAGUACCAUGGUAUUACCAGUGUGCUGUGUGACAGCCCUACAACAUACAAAUCAGGACAUUGGGUGUUACGGGUUAAAAGGAACGCUGAGUAAUGCCAUAUCAGAUUUCAUUUUGUGGGGUCGAUUCUCAAUUUUCGGUUUUGUUCCUUUUUGUUCGCCAAUGAGA